CCAGAAAGUGUGUAGCGUUCAAAUUGCUAAAGACUCAGCAGGGCUAGGUCUGCUGUUAUUGCUGUAACAGCACGGAAUACAGCACCGUUUCAGCACUCUUGGUCGACUGUAACCAGUGAAAAGAAGAACCAAAGAAGAGAAGCAACACAGUAAAAAUAGGAACUUCUUACCCAACACCAUGAAGUUACUCAUUUCUGUAAUGCUGAGUGCUCUCAUCACAGACAUAGCAUCAAGUCGCUCUUGGCAGCAACAGCACACGCUCUCUAGCAAGACCAGAUAUGAACAUAAAGGUUGUAACUGUUUGAAUGGAGGAGCCUGCAUCUCAUACAGUCUCUUUUCUCAAAUAAAACGCUGCUCAUGCCCAAAAGGAUAUAGAGGAAAGCACUGUGAAAUAGAUAUUGAAAGCCAGUGUUAUGCUGGCAGUGGAGAGGACUACAGAGGGACGAAGUCAGUGAGUAAGGACAACGAGAGGUGCCUGGAUUGGAACUCUGCCUUGCUGCGGAGAAAGCUUUACAAUGAUGGCCUGGAGAAUGCCAUGGAACUUGGACUAGGCAAGCACAACUACUGCAGAAAUCCAGAUGGCCAGUCAAAACCAUGGUGUUAUGUUUGGAAGGGAUACCAGAUUUCUUCAGCUUCCUGUGAUAUACCCAUGUGUUACAAACCAUCCACCUGUGGCCAGAGGAGCUACAGCAAAUUAUUUAAGAUUGUGGGUGGGCACCAGGCAGCCAUUGAAUCUCAGCCUUGGAUAGCAAGCAUCUUCCAGUAUGUAAGGAGAGGUGAUUAUAAUCAGUUUCUCUGUGGUGGUAGCCUCAUUGAUCCAUGCUGGGUCCUUACAGCAGCACACUGCUUUCAAAGCAAAACUCCUGACACAUCCCAGUUGACAGUCUUUCUUGGAAAAUCUGCACUGAAUGCUACUGAUUCAAAGGAACAAACAUUUAACGUUGAUAAGAUUGUCAUUCAUCAACAAUUUACUCAAGAAAGAAUGGACUAUGAUAAUGACAUCGCCCUGUUAAGGAUCAGAUCAUCUUCUGGCCAGUGUGCAGAAGAGUCGAGGGCUGUCAAAACCAUCUGUUUGCCAUCUCAAGACUUAGUAUUGAAAGACAAUUUCCGAUGUGAAGUUUCUGGCUAUGGAAAAGAAAGCAGGACUGAAAUUUACUACUCGAGAAUACUGAAAUCAACCAACGUGAAUUUGAUAUCCCAGUCCUUAUGUCGGGAGGUAUACUAUAGCGAUCGCAAGUUGAAUGGCAACAUGUUAUGUGCUGGUGAUGCACAAUGGAAGACGGAUGCGUGCCAAGGAGAUUCCGGUGGUCCCCUGGUUUGUGAGUUUAAUAACAGGAUGGUGCUGUAUGGGAUCGUCAGCUGGGGUGAUGGUUGUGCCAAGGAACAGAAGCCUGGAGUCUACACCAGGGUUACCAAAUACCUCUCUUGGAUCGAAGGCCACAUGAAAGAAGUCCAUUUCAAAAGUUACUACCCUCCAAAGUGAAAAGGGGAGCUUUCUUUGCACCAUGGAGCUGGAGCAUGGAGCCUUGCUGUCAAGCAUAAUGCCAAACUCGUGGAAACUGAGCCAAAUUAUGCCACAGUGCAUUGAAACUCCAUGUCUUAUUUUGGAGUUAUUCUUUCCUCUUUGGAGGCUACCUUUUCAGGCUGUUUAUGGAGUUUACCUCCAUGUCAGUUUGAAGCAGAAAUCUACAGCUACCACUGUGGACAAUAUCACUAUUCUCCCAUGGAAAAAUUAUGCAAUAUUUAAUAUUUAAAUAAGGAAUGUUUGCCAGUCAAUGUAAUAUACCUGUCACAUUAUUCUCUACAAGAAAUCUUUAAUGUAAUGUGUGGAGUAAAUAUUUAGGGGUAACUUAAAAAAAAUGUUACCAGUGGCUUGUGCAAUCCAGAGAAAGACACAUUGGACUGAAAGGGGUUUAAAAGUGUGUUGUGCUAUUGACUUCAGUGGGGCUUAGCUGUCCUCCACUUUCUCUGGGGUGCACUGCUAAUUUUUCUAAUAUUAAAUACAUUUUAAGGUUUUUAUUUAAGGGAUUUUUAAAAUAAGAAAAAAUCAGGUUGAAGAUGCAAGCCAGCAGUUAUUGUGGCCACCAACAGUUAUUGUGGCCCCCAAACUGGAAAUGAAGUUAAGUUUAAGGACAACUGAAAGGGAAAAUAAAAAGUGGGUUUAUUGGGUGCUCACCAGCAUUCCAGUGCCUACCAAAAGAAUAGUGAAGCAAUUAUUGUGGAAUAAGGAACCAUCUUGAAAUUAGUGGUAUCUGUCAUUCCAACUGUACUUCAGUAUGGAGCCAUAACUCAGUGAUAAAGCAUCUGCUUACAUGCAGACGGUCCUAGGUUCAUUCCCUGGCAUCUCUAGUAGGGCUGGAAAAGACUCCUGCCUGAAACUUUGGAGAGCUGCUGCCAGUCAGUGUAGACAAUACUGAGCUAGAUGGGCCAAUGGUCUGACUCUGUAUAAGACAGCUUCCUAUGUUCCUAAGUAUGGUCACUGUGUUUAAUUCACAUCUGUGCCAGAGAAGCCAUUCUAACCUAAAAUGAGAUCAGAAACAGUGAGUUCACAGGGCCCUCCCAAUAAAUUUUGCCCUCCCUGAGAGAUUUUGUCAUGCAGCUUAAGAACUGGAUGCCAGCAGGGUUUUUCAUAAUGUUGCAAAUUUUGCUGGAGCAUCACUGGUGUUCCUAAAGUAUUAUUACCCCAAGUUCACAGCUUAGAUUGCAUCAAACCAGUCCUGCUUAUCGAAGGUAAUUUAGCAAGUUUGUAGAUGGGCAGGGAAUUUAGCAGAUGUUGUUUACAUCUAAACACAACACUGUAGCUACUAGACCAUACAGCAGAAAGCUUUUUAGGAAGCUUCCCAAUGGCAGAAGGGGCAUCAUGUAUGGAGAAGUUCUUUGGUGCAAGCUCCAUUAAAAUGAGUUGGAGCUGUGCUUGAUAAAUAAUAUUUUGAAAUUGGUUUUAAAAAAUUCUGGCAUCUGAAUUUUGUCUUGAGAUGAUAAUCUAUUACAAACAAAUGACAGUUACAACUCUGAAAAAGUAGUCACUUUGUUUUUGUUUGGUUUUUUAAGUUUCAAAACAAAAAAAAUCUGUUUCUGGGAAAUAUUCAAAUUCAGUUAUCUCUGGCUUAGUGCAAAUUUGACCUCCACAGGAGCUUCUGAGAUGCGCGAGACAAGUUAAUUAGUUAAAGUAGAGGAGUGUACUUCACAAAAACCUGUCACUGCCUACUUCUAUGCUGGUAUUCAUAUACCUUGCUGUUCCUUCUUUAAGGGCUUAUCAUGACAGACUCCCUGUGGAGAACAAUAGCAGGAUUUUAAUCAUCAAUGUUUUAUUAUAAGGGGUAGACAUUUUGUUCCAUGCGAUAAUAUCUCAACCAGAAAGUUAAACUGCUUUUAACAGAUUUCCUCUCAAGAGGAAAUUUUUGGAACUCUAGCCCUGUGAGAGGAAGUGGGUGGGGGUUUGGAUUGGAAUCUAACAGAAUGCUCACCAGACUACAAUUCCCAGAAUUCUUUGGGGAACACUAGGACAGUUGAAGUUAUAUGGAACAAAUUAACAGUGAUCUAUUAUCUCAAACUGUCGAGUUUUCUCAUUCUCAAGGAUGUUGGCCAUCUGUGUCCAUUCUGAAAUCCUUUCCACUGUCCCUCAGCCUUUGUAAAGUUCUCCACUGAAUGUGGAGAAAAGAAUAGGCUGUAGCAAACAUGAGCUGUCCCUCUAUAAUGAAGAAUAUUUCUAAUAUAUUGUUUGGCAAUUACCUAUUUAACUGCAACUGAAGUAGUAGUAUGGUUUUGUAUUCAUUUGUGUGUUUUGUUUUUUUUUAAGUCUGGUUUUUGUUGUUUGAACAUAUUAUUUGUGUGGGGGCUGGUACCCCGACAGUUUAAUAAUUUGAUGUUGUUUAACUUAUUGUUUAUAGACCAUGGAUUUCAAAAGUCAAUAAAAUAUUAUUGCUGUUA